GGGGCGGAGGAAAACGCAAAGGGAAGAGCAAGAAGUGGAAGGAAAUCCUGAAGUUCCCUCACAUUAGCCAGUGUGAAGACCUCCGAAGGACCAUAGGGAGCCACUCACCGAGCACAGCUGUGUGGUGCCAGCUCAGCGUCUGAUCCCGAGCUCACGGCCCCUCAGCCACUUGCCCGAGAGGAUGCCAGCAGUGGUCUUGCUCUCACUCCUUUUGGUUGAACAAGCAGCGGCCCUGGAAGAGCAUCAGCUCUGCUGUAUCCUGGAUGCUAUCCUGUUUUUGUGUGGUUUUGUCCUCAUCCUGCUCUACUGUCGACUCAAGAGCCAGGUGCUGAAGGCAGCCAUAGCCCCCGAUGAGAAAUCAGAUGACAUUUACACGGGCUUGAGUACCCUGAACCAGGAGACUUAUGGGACCCUGCAGCAUGAGAAACCGCCACAGUAUCUUUAGAACAGAUGCCCUUGGUCACAUCCUCCUUCCGCUCCUCGUUCUCCUCCCAGCCCUCAUGGUUGGCAUCACAUAUGUCUCUGUGCCGUUAAUGGCAGCUGACUCUCCCCCUGUAAUGACACUUGCCCCCCAUUAAUGGACAUCAGUGUUCCUCCUCCCCGUCAAAGACUUAUGCUCAGAUGCUACUCAUUAAUGUUUAUAUUCCAGUCAGCCCCGCACCCCGCCUUCUCCUCUUCCCCAUCCCUGACUCGCAGUAAACAGUGGAAAGGGAGGACCCCCAAUAAAGCCACCACAGACUGGGGGGAAAAGUUACUUUUUAAAUUAUAUUUUAGUUCUUUCUUUCUUUAUAAAAAUAAUAUACAUUCAUUGAUGAAAUUUUCAAAGUAUAAUCUAAAAAGAGGAAAAUAAAAAUGGCCAAUGAGUUAACCACCGUUAACAUUUCGGUCUGUGGCCCUUUCAUCGUUUGUUCUGCUUCUAGAGAGCGGAUUGCACCACCUGUCGUUUGCCACCCUGCCCAGAAGUCAGAUGUCAUUUUAAAUGGAAAUACGUGCUUGCAGAAUCCGCACCGGACUGGGAGGCAGAAGACUUCAGUUCUCGUGCCCCCCCUUGAUUUUGUGGCCUUUGGAAAGUCACUUAACCUCGAUUUGCUCAUCUUUAAAAUGGGGAUCCAGUCAUCCCUACCUUAGUGGAUGACCCAGUGGCCAAAGGAGUCACUGGCGGAAAGUGCUUUGUGAAGUACUCUGCAAGUAGUUGCUGGCCAUUUUCGAUGUGGUCGUGUGACUCUUCUUUUGGACAAAUGGCUGAAGCCAUUUUCCUGUCUUCCUGGUGAGCUCUGACCCUUCCUUCUAAAGCCAGCCCUGUGUCUGGUCUUAGUGAAAAUCACCAUCCUCCCUCUGGCUGUGAGAGGCCUGGGAGCCCCCUUGCCCUCUGCCCCGGCACCCCACCCCCUGCUCUUUCCCUCUGCCCAGCGCUCAGAGCCAAUCCCUCUCCAAGUCCAGGCAACUUGGCCUCCAUAAUAUGUCUUGAGGGGACCCCUCUGUCCCCAUCCCCACCGUUCCCCUCAUCCGGCUACCACCCUCUGCUGCCUGAACUCCUGUGUCGCUCUAGACUCCCUCCGAGCUCAUCUGUUUCCAGCCAAGCUCCAUGCAGCAGCAGGAGGCCCUUUGUAAAAUGUCCAUCUGAUCAUGCCAUCCCCGGCUUCAGGAGCUUUCCAUUGCAGUCAAGAUGGAGCCAGAGGUCUUAGCAAAGCUAACCAGGCCCUGCCUGACCUGUCAUUGUUUACUGCUCCAGCUUCACCUCCUCCUGCCCGUCCCGACUCAGCCCUUCCUUCAUAUUUCCUCACUUCUCCAGGCUUUGCUGGGCCCACUUCCCUAACUCUGCCUGGUAAUCGACUCAACCUCGGGCCCCUGCCUUGCAGGUCGCUUCCUCCAGGAAGCCUCUCCUGGUGACCUCACCUGGUUGGGUUUGGUCCUCACCCUGUGGCAGUCUGAGGAAUGGCGUCCGUCCUCUGCUUGACAACAGGUAGAGCCUGGGUCUGCUGGGCACUGCUUCCCCAGCACCCAACACAGGUGUCUACGCUGCACCAGCCCUUUCAGAAUCUUGAUUUUCUUUCCUUGCUCAGAUAUUUUUGUCUUAAUCUUCCCAGAUCCUGGAAUGAUUGCUGAUGUGUCUUAUUUUUCUCUGUGAGUUCUUUUAAAAGGCCCUGAAAGUGUGUAUGGAGAACAGUCUUUGCUUUGUCAAUUCUGAAGUAGCUGCUUUUAUCAGAAAUGGUUCAGGGCAGAGAUAUCCAGUUAUACCCCCUCAGGACAGUGACCUCCUUUUCUGUCCCCUUCUGGGUCCCCAAUUGACUCAAGGGGCAGCGAGGGAAGGGUGCAUGCUGCCAACACAGCAGUCACACUGGCCCUUCUGGCUAUUAGAGCUUGACUGGUGGGCAGAGAUGGGCACAGAGGUGAUGCUGCUCCAAGCCUUUGGCUGAGCCCAGCUUGGGGCAGAGCAAGGUGUGAGAAUAGCUUUGCCAAAAGACUCCAUCAUCAGGCUUAGAUGUCAGCAACCCUGGGAGUGCCCGGCAACUGUAGGCACUGUGCUUAUGCCUCAGGCAGGUCCCCUGGGACAAAGCUCUUGAGGUGCUAACCCAGCUCAGCCAGUCUGGGAUGGAGACCACAGUGAUGAGCAUGAAUUCUGGCAUUAGAUGGACCUGGGUUUGAGCUAGGCUCUGUUCCUUCCUGACGAUGACUUUGGGCAACUCAUUUAACCUGUCUAAUCCUCAGUCUCAGUCUCUGCAAAAUGAGAACAGGAGGGUCACAAGGAUGAAAUGAAGGAAUGAGUGGGGGAGGGUCUGUGCAGGGCCUGGCCCACAGUGAAUGCUCAUGGGCAGCUGCCUCAUUGUCACUUUCCUCUGCACCGUCACUUUGUCAACAGUCCCCGUCGGCUCAGAGCUUUGUUUCUUGAUUCCCCCAGGUGGUUGCCAGGUCCUGCUGGUUUUAAGUUUAUCUGUUCAUUCAUUCAUUCAUUCAUCUGUUAAGCCCUUACUCUGUGCCAGGGCUCCGGGGAGCUGCCAGGUGGUGGGGAGCUGCUUUCAGGAGUGGCUCUUGGCAACAUAGGCUGGGCCACAUUUAUUUCCUUUAUGUAACAUGAAUAUAAGCCUUUUCCCUUAGCCCCACUCCCAUCCCUCACAUCUCUGUUUACUAACUGCCAGCAGAUUUCUAGUUCUGGAUGGUACCCCCUUGCCCCCUUAAAGGGCAUCUCAUCCAUCCCUCUGCCUCCAGGCAGGAGGGGCCUCCACCAUGUCAGACACACAGAGCCAGUCCCAUCCACGAAGCCCUGUUCAGCUUUCACUCUGGGCAAGGCCCGGCAGAGGGUCCCAAGGGGGUAUGGGAGGCCAGCUCCAUCCCUUAGGGAGCUGUUCCUAGUUGGGAGACAGGGCAGAAAACACACACGUGACACUGGGUAACAGCCAUGUGAAAGAGGGCAGCUGUCAAAUGUCCAUCCUCAGUCCUAAGUGCCCAGAGGUGGGGUGGGAAGAGGGCAGAGACAUCCAUGUGGGAUGGGAAGGUUCCAGUUGAGUAGGUGGGAGAAAGAAAGGAUUUUUGGGGUCAGCAGCAGGUUCAGCAUCAUCAGCAUCCUCCAACCAGCAAGCAUUUCCUGGGCACUUCUGUCGCUAGGCAUUGGGCUACUUGCUUUACAAACACAUGCUCAUUGAAUUGUUACAGAACCCUAUGGGCCAGAUGCCAUUUCUCUAACCCCUGUUUUAUGGAGGGAGAUGCAAAGGUUCAGAGAAAUUAGUAAAUUGCUCCAGGUUACAGAUCUCUGGAAGAAGCAGAGCCUGGAUUCAAACCUGGGCCUGAGUCAAGGCCGUGCUGGCUGUGGAUUUCCACUGUGUUGGCCAUGACACCAUCCAUGCCAUCAGCCUGAAAGGUUAGGUCUGUAUCCUGCAGGUAGUAGGGAGCCGCUGCAUGUUCAUCUCUGAUAGCCCCUCUAGCUGUCCUCAGGGUGACAAGAGAGCGAAGAGAGGCCGUGGACAGAGCAGGCUUGGCCUCCCAGGCGAUAUGAGAUUCCUUCACUUUUUCUCCAGAUAUUUAUCAUUUACCUACUGUGUGCCAGGGAGAAAUGACACAGUGUUUCUCAGGUACCCAGCUCAGGACCUGGAAUGUACCAUAAAUGGCCUCUACUUCUGAUGAUGCUACACCGUGGCUCAGGCAGGAGGCAGGGGCGGCUGGAGCUUCUCUCACCUGCAGCACCAGGCUGCGGGCAGGUUUCUCUCUGUGAUGCUGGUCACAGGAUGCCUUUCACAUCACCUGUGAGGUCUCCAAGCUGGCAGCUUUUCCCACUGCCUGCCUGUCUCUUCCCGCCUCUUUUUGGGGGUAGUUUCUUGCUCCCCUGCUGCCUGUCCUCUCUCCCUCCUGGCUGCAGGGCAUUUUGGGAGGUGGCAGAUGGGCAUUAAUGUCACACUGGCCAUCUCUUUGCCUAUGCUGUGCCCGGAGCCCGGCCGAGAGAUAAUCUGAGGCAUGUGGCAGGUGGGGCUUGCAGACUCGAGCUGACUCGGGGGUCAGAAUGUGGGUAUGAUGUGCAGAAGGAACUCCCUACCCCCAGUGGUCCCUUGGCUGCCUCCUCUGGCCAGCCAGCCCUGAGACUCAUUCUCUUGGGGCUUUUGCCACCCUCUGUCCCCAUUUGGCUUUAACCCCAAAGGAAUCAUUCUCAGCUGAGCUUGCCUGCUGCUGUGUUGACUUUCCACCCACCCCCAGCCUGCACGCUCCCAGAAUCCCAUUUCCUGCAGUGGCUUUAUCAGCCUCAUCAGGUAGAAACCUCCCGUCCGCAAUUAGUGGAUCUGCUCCCUCUUCUCCAUCCUACUGCCUUGACACUUAUCACCCUGCUUGGACUGGUGCAGUAGCCUCUUUAUUGAUCCUGUUUCUGGCUGGUUUCUUUUUCCUUCCUGCCCAUUCAAUCUGGCCUUUCUGUUUGCUGUUUGUAGCACUCAGAAGCUUCUUAACUUUUCUGAAGACAUGAAAGUUAAAACUCCUAGCCGGUGUGAAUGGCCCAUCCACUGCCCAUGGGACAGAGUCCAAACCACCUAACCCACGGGCAGGGCCUCUGACCCGGCCUGAUCUCUGCCCGACUAAACUUGGUCUCUGACUUGCUAUAUGAAGCUACCCAGAGAGGGCCUCUCCCCAUAACUCACCACCCUGGACGCCUUCAGGCUUCUCAUGCCCUGGGGUAAACCUCUACCAGCUUGGCGGUUAACAGUGUGGCCCUUCAAGUCACAGCGUCAAUUCCUUGCCCUGCUACUAGGAACUGUGUGACUCUGGGCAUUUAGCUUAACUUCUCUGAGUUGUAGAUACACAACAAAAAUGAUAAUGAUACUGGUAUGUUUGAUCAGGUUUUUACUAGGUGCCAGACACCGCAGCCAGCACUUUGCAUUACCUCUUUACAUCCACCCCAUAGCCCUAAGAGGGAGGUGCUCUUUUUAGGCUCAUUUGGCAAAUAAGGCAAUCGGGGUUUGUAGCAGUGAGGCCCCUUGCCCAAGGUCACACACUCUGAGAAGCAGAGUUAGCCUCAGGGCCUGUCCGAGCGCCAGUCCUCCGCCCGUAGCUAUGGGGACCACAUCACCCGCUUUCAGACUGGGAGGUUUAAAUGUUUGGAAGCCGCUGCCCAGUGCUGAGCAUCCAGGCAAGCUCAGUAAGUAGGUUCUUCCUGCUUCUAGUCCUUUGGUCACACUGAAGCUGCUGUCCUCCUCUCCACCUGGCCAGGUCCUGCCUCCAGUGUCAAUGGACCCCUGCCCAAAAUAACACCCUCACCCCCACCCCACGGGGAACAGAACUAGCCUCCAGAUGUCUGUUGUCCUAGAAGGUGUGUGAUGCCCUCACCACCUUUGUACGCCUGGCCCCUCCUCCAGUGCCUGCACCUCUGUGGGAGCUGAGAAGGUAUCCACAAAACCAAUGAGCCAGCCAGGGAAUCAGUGAGGGAGGGAAGCAGGGGAGUGAAUGACGAGAGGGCAUCACCUGGAGGGACCUGAAGAGAGGUCUUCUGGAGCACACCGGCACAGCUGUGGGCAGCUCUUCCCUGGAUCCCAUGUAGCUCACCCCCAGCCUGGCAGCCCCAUCGUCACACCUCCACAUUUGCUCAGUUGUUUCCUGACUGUGACCUCCUGGGUCACAUUUAUCAUUUCCUGGGACAGAAAGGAAAAAGCCCAAUGGAGCUGGGUCUAUGGGAGGCGAACACUCCUGUUGGAGCUGGCUUCCCGCAUGUGGGCGUUGUAAUCAAGCCUUGGGCCUGUCCGUGGAGCCUGACAGCUCUGGCUGCUCCGCUCCGGGAGUGGCCUGAGGUCUCUGAGACACGUGGGCUGGGCUGUAAGGCUGGGGCACCUCCACCAGCUGACAUGCCACCUGGCUGACCGUCAGAAUGCCAUUAGAGGGCUGGCUGGCUCCUGGGCCCUGCUGGGAAGACCUCACAGGGCCUAGGGGUCCUCCCUGCUCACCUGGACCCCAGGCCCUGGCAGAGGCCACUGGAGAAACCAGUUCACCAGAAAGCCCAAUAGAAUGAGCUGUUCUCUCUUGUUGUUUUCUCCCAACAACAGUGCCUUGGAGGACGGAGCUGGCCACCCUCCUCUCAGGCUUGAAUAGGGGUGUUGGCUAGAAUCUUCCUCCCAGGACUGGAAGGAGGGCAGUCUUGCAGAGACUGGACUGAUUUGCUGCGCUGUCUGUUGGAUUCAUUCGCCCCACCUCAGAAUCAAGACGUGGUUAAGAUUUCUGGGAACUGUUUCAUUUUGGUUGACUGCUCAGUCCUGAGGGCUGAGGUACAGCCGGCCUCUGGCUCAUCUGAGGGAGACCAGGUUUGUCUGCCUUGUCUCCCUCCGGCCUUCCGGAACAGUCCGCAGGGAUUCCCUGUUGUUGAUGGGACACAGAUUGUCUUCCUCAGCCUAGCAUUUGUGACCCAUUGUUGUAUUAUGUGCGUGCGUGUGUGUGUGUGUGUGUGUGUGUGUGUGUGUGUGUUUCCCCAUUAUCACACGAAGAACCCUGAAGGCAGGCUGCUGGCUGUCUUCUCUCUCUCCCACCUCAGUAGAUCUCAGGGGAAGCGACUCUGACCGGGAGACAAAACUCCAGGGGAAGGCAGUGGAGGGUAGUGGAGAGUGUCCCAGGCCAGGGGCUGGAUGUUCCUGUUCCACACGGCCCCUCGUUCCCAGCCACAUGCCUUAAGCCACUCAACUCUACCUCUCUAAGCCUCAGUUUUGGUUUUCUUUUGUUUUCAAUGAAAAGACUUUAUUUUUAGAGCAGUUCUAGGCUUGUGGGGAAAAUGAGCAGGAAGAAAUGAGAGUUCCCAUAUAUCCCCUCCCAAAGCGUCAGUUUACUCACCUGUGCAGUGGGGACAGAGGCCCUCCUUGUUCUUACUGCACUGGCGAGUUGUACAGAAACCCUCACCUCCAUUUUGUGACGACACAGCUGAGGCUCAGAGAGAAGGGACUGGCUUGGGGCCGAAGUACGAAAGCCCAACCCCGAGGGUCCAGCGGGCAGCAAGUGGGCAGGGGGAUGGACAAGCUGCUGCCACUCCUGCCUCCUGCUGAGUGGGCAGUGUGGGUCAUCAGGCCUUGUAGGGAGUGGAGAGUCUGCCCAGGGGCAGCUCUGGUCUCCGCCACCUUGGUUUGCAGCAGAGAGUAACGCUCGGCCCCUCCCGGCAGCCACCAAACUUAACAUCUGUCCUGGUGGCUCCUUCAUUCCUUUAUUUGGUGAGUCUUUGAGUGCUGACCAAGUGGCAGUGCCAGGAGCUGGAGAUCUGAGUUCUAGUCCAGUUUUCCUACUAACAAGUUGAGAUUCCUCCUGGACUGUCGGAGCUGGAAGACCUCAGUAUUGUGCUAGCCUCGCUCGCUCACUUUGCGGGUAGGGAAACUGAGGCUCCACAGAGGAGUGGACAGGGCAGACUGAAGGCUGAGGAUGGCAGGAAGCAGGGAGGGACCCGAUCCUGCUGGCUUAGUGGCCAAACACUGUGGGCCCAGGAGCUGCCUUAGCUGAGGAGCCUGGAAGGCCCCAGCAGUGGCAUCUCAUGCGUGGGGCGUGGGGUAGGAGCAGUUCUGGGCCUGUGGCCUGAAGGGACCCGUUCUUGGUUCCUGGCCUCCUCACAUCUUGCCUUGGAGCUAAGUCACUACUUGCCGGGCAAAUAGGGUGGCGGCCCUGCUCAACAGCAGCCUCGGAAUUAGGGAAUGGCUCUCUCCUAGGAUCCUGAACCUUCCCUAGGAGAUGAGGACAGCUUGGCAAGCAGAGAGGGCAGCCUCAGCUUUACCCACGGGGACGGCCAGGCAAUGCCAGGUGGCACUGUCCCUUGUCCCGUUCUGUUCCAGUGUCCACCCUCGCCUUCUCCACACCUCAGAGUGACACCCAGGAGUGAGCUCCUCUCUCACCCACCUGACGCUGUGUCUGCCCCUCAAGGUCAGGGGCUGAUCUCAGUUCCCUGUGUCCCAGCACGUGUCUCAGUGCCUGGACUCCAGGGGUGCUUGUUGUGUGUGUGUUUGACGAGCAGUCCUGAGCCCCGCCACUAACCACCCACCCACAUCGCUCUUUGUUCAGACCGCUGGGAAGCCCACAGCCAAGUUUUAUGCCAAAAGUUUAGCUCUCCUUCGUCAGACGUCCUGGAGGGAGCUUGUUUUAUUCUCCCCUCCCUCUUUGCUGCUUAUUUCCUAUUCUUUGUCUUUCGUUGAACAAUUGAGUACAUGCUUUUAUUGGAAAAUGCUGUGGAUCCUUUUGGGAAGUAAGCAAGCAAUAGAUAAGUCAGUACGUUAGAAAUGAAAAGGAGUAAAAGCCCUCCACCACCCCCCGCCCCGGGAAGCAGGUGUGUCUGAACUCUGUCCCUCGUCCCUGAAGACCGGGCGGAUCAGCACCUGCCCUGCUGACUUCGAGGAACAUGUAAGCAGAAUGCAUUCUGACAGGCCAACGUGCUGGGCAGCACCAGGCCAGUGCCUGCCCCGGGCUGUAGAAGAUGGGGUUACUCAGGCAGGAAGAUGCCAUGCGCCUCUCUGGAAUUGGCUGUGGAACAACGGCUGGGCACAGCUGGCCAGCUUCCCAUUUCAGCGAAACUGGCUGAGAGCUUGGCUAGACAGGCCAUCGGAAAGUGCCCUGGAGGGGAAUUAGACAUCACAAGUUAUAGCACCGGGCGGCAGGCCAACCACGUGUGUUGCUUUGCUUCUCUGCCCUGGUAAAGAGAUACAAUGACUGAGCAUCCGCAGCCAGCCGAGACAGUGACAGUGUCCAAAAAAGGAGAUAGCUCGCUUGAGAGGUAUGAAUAGGAGGCUGGGGGCGGGGGGGGGAGGUGACCAGAUGACGCGGCUGCUCUGCACACUCCCUCAGCCACUACAGGAGAGCUGCUCUUGAGGUCCCAGCCACCAGCAGGAGACCGAUUUUUUGAGAUGUUGGCAAGAGAUGAGAGUUGAGCAAUCUCCCAGCAUCCUCCGCUCCCUCCCUCCACGACCGAUGCCCUCGGAAGAGAGAAUUUGAGAGAAAGAGCUCUAGGCGGAGAAGUUAAACAUGGUCCAUUUGCUGUGUUCAGAGAACAGCUUGUGGCUAGGAAGCAGAGAGAGAGGAAGGAGGGUGGUGGUGGUCCGUGUGGGAAGGAGGCAGGGAGGGAGCUGGUGGGCUGGAUUAGUAGUGGGCCAAGCCUGGUCUUCCAUGUUACAAAGAUGCAGACAAAAGGGAAGAUGGCAGCUAAAGGCAGCGGUGUGGCUUUGGGAGAUGGGCCAAGGUGAUGCGACAUUAGAGUAUGUUUCCAAUGGUUCUGGAAGGAAACCAGUGUCUUUAAAGCCAGACUGGGUUAAGUUCUUUGCUCUUCCACUAACUUGCUGGAUGGCCUCGGGCAAGUCUCACCUUCAGGGACCAGCGGGUAAAUAAAUAAUACCUCUGGGGUCUCUAUGAGCAUCAACCAAGACAUGUAUGGGAGGGCCUUGUCCUCGGGGCUGGCACCUGCAGGUGUAGAACAUGUCUCCCUGGGGCUCACGAUGGCCGUCAGAAGUGGGUGUUGGCUCUGUCUGUCUGCAGUCCCAGCGACAGCCUUUCUGGGGUUAUCAGCCAGCAACCAAGUUUUUUCCCAGUUAGGCCUGAAUGGUGAAAGCCAGCUCUCCUGCCCGGGACUGAUGCAGCUGCCAUCACCUCCUUUUCCUCUGAGUUCCAGGGAUUCCUAUGAUCCUCAAAACCACCACCUGCCUGUGGGGUUGUUCCGGCCACAGGCCGUUGGCUGUCACUGAGUGUGCCUGUCUUCACUCCCCGUUGAGGCUGUGGGCUGCCAUGCAGCUUGCAAAGCUCUUUGCACACUCCCUGAACUCAUGUAAUCCCCCAACAAUCCUGCGGGUAAGUGGUAUUUUCAUUCUCGUUUUAUAGACCAGGCUCCCAGAAGUUGCCUAAGUCGUGCAUUUACAGGCAAGGCCCGGCCUGCGACUGCCCACUGCUGCUUCUCCCGGCUUAGUCACAGUUAUGACCACCACAUGCUCAUCCCGGACUGGGGUGAGGACACGCUGCAGAUGGGGCUGGACGGUCAAGCCCGUUCCUGCUAGAUGAGCUGCCCGUGAGCCGCAGCGCCUCUUUCAUGGGGAUCCCCAGCUCCAGCACCUUCUGUAUGCGGGUGUUUAGCUCUCUGGUCCCAAGGAGCCUACUGCCGACACCUGUCUCAUUUUUUCACCGCACCAUUUGGCUGUGGAAAGGUGAGCUGGUGGGAGAAGUGAGUUACCUUCCAGUCUGGGUUGGCAUGAAUUUGCCAAACGAAACAUUUUAUAUUUGCCAAAAACCAUUUCACUUGGUUACUUCUUAACAGGCCAAGUGCACCAUUUUCCAUCAAAACAUUUCCAUCGUUCAAAAAGUGUCACCAACACAGAAGCUGGGUCCUGCUGCAUCCCUGUGACAGCUCACAUUUCAUUUGGGAUCGGGUGUUUUCAGAAUGUCACCACCUCUUGGUUUGCGUAAGGACUGCGCUCCCUGAUGGAAAGAUUUUGCAAGAGUGUUUUCAGCUGUCGAGGUGGUGCAAAACUCCUUCAGAAGGUUUUCUUUGUCCGGCUUAGAGAAGAGCCUCUUUUCUGUGAAGUUCCUGCCACGUUUCCCGGGCCAGUACAGGUCUUGCCAGGGCGCCAUGAAAUGGAUCAAAUCCCGUUACAGCAAAAGCCAUUUAAGGUUCAUGGAAAUGUUUGUGGAAACAAUUGCAGCCUCCUCUGCUGACAGCCCACUUUUUGUGCGUAAUUUUUUGAUAGAACAUGCACCCAGUGCAGUAGAAGAAUUUGGACUGCCCUCGGAAUGUGCUGGAAUGGAAUUUGGCUGUGCUCUCUGUCCAGGUCUCUGAUAUGGCUGUGAGAGAAUGUUCGUCCACUCAUUAGGCAGAUAUUCAACUGGCUCCUUGUAUGUCCCAGAUGCUGGGCUAACUAGAGAUAAGGGCAACCCGGGCCCCGUCCUCAAGGAGCCUAGUUGAUAGGGAAGAGGAGAUACAUGUGCAUUUCAUUCCUAAGUACAUCGGCACCACAUCAGGAAGGCUGGCGGCACACCUCGGAGUGUGUGAGAUGAUUCUUGGUGGUACACAGAUGAGCUGCGGUUAUGCUUUUAUUUUAAUGUAUGUCAUUAAAAAACCCAGUAACAGCAGCAGUAAUUUCCCAAGUAGUAUUGCUUAGAAAUGCUAAGUUGAAAAAAGGUGGGAGGGAGGGUCAAUGAAAACCCAAGUUAAAGGAAAAUGUCAGGUCAGUACUGUGAGACUGCUGACUGUUACCGGUGGUAGAUUAUGGUAAAGGUGACGGUAAAAAAAAUCAUGACAGUGGCUCACGAUUGGCCGAAGUCUGGAAAAGUUAAGUUCAGGUUCAUGGCGUGCAGAUGGGACACCAGGGGCUUUACCUAGGUUAUCAUACAAGCCUCAGCAGCCUCUGGGAGAUGAUCAUGUUACCAUGACAACUGACAGCUGAUGAAACUGAGGAUCAAAGAGGGGAAAUGAUUUGCCUAAGGUCGCAUGUCCAGUAAGUAGAAGAACUUGGAUUUGAACCCUGGUCUGUCUGAUUCCUGUUAAUGAACUCUUAACCAUGACCUUAGAAGACAAAUUACUGCAGUUGGUCAAAUAAAGGAGUGAUUAUUUCCUCCCUAGGGUAUAAUCCAGGAAAGCUUCCUAGAGGGGGUGGCCUUGACUGAGUGGUAGAAUUUAGCAAGGGAAGUUUGUGUGGUAAGGCAGAGUAUCCUACAGAUCUUAACCCGUGAUCAUUGGCUGGAUGGUUUGGGCAACAUGUUUUUUCCUCACAUAAAUGAAGUCUCGAGGUAGGCUGUGGACUGGCUCUUUGUCAUCAGGGACCCAGCCUCCUUCUAUCUCUGCUCUACCAGAUAUCUCAUGGUCCAGGAUGGCUGAUGCAGCUCCAGCCAUCACGUUCUUGUUCUAGGCAGUGGAAAAAAGAGAAGAAGGAAAGGAUAAAUGUGUUUUCCUUUCAAUGAGUCAACCACCUUUAAGAAGCUUUUCUGGAAACUGAAGCUAACAGCUUAUCCUUAUCUCAUGGGCCAGCUUUGGUUAUAAGGGAGGCUGCCCACUGUGUGCCGGGCAUAUGUGAGUGGAGGACAAAAGUCCUUCCUCAGGUUGCUUCCAGUGGAGUGAGCUGCUUCUGGUUGAGGCUGUAGAGGGGAAAGCAGUUGAGUGGGAGGACAGAGCCUCCUCUGAACUGGGACUUGCUUCUGGAGUACCCCACUAAGCUUGGUCUAUUGGAUUGUUGAGCACCUUUAUUUGUUGUUUAAUUGGAGUGUAGGCUUGCAGCCAUUAGGCAGCCACUGCCCGCCGUCCCAUCAGCCCCUCUGAAAAGAGUUCUUGAGUACAAACCAAGCCAGCUCCCCAUCCUUCCACCCUCCCAUGCAAUUAGAACAGGAGCCACGCAGCAAGCUUUUCACUGCAGCCCAGCAGUGAGUCCUGGGCUGUGAUUGAGAGCCCUGCGUGGGGCUCACAGCCCCCAGGUGAGUGUGGGGUUCUGUGCAGCUCUCCGGCAAGUGUGAGACCUGGGACAAACGCUGCCUGCGUACCAUCCUCCCUCUUUCAUCGCCUGCCUCCGGGCCCUUGGGGGCCUGGGUUUGCUUCUCACUUCCCAAUUCUUAGUGCCAGAAAUAUCAAGUUUGGAGAGUUUUUUAGAAAUCAGUGAUGCUUUUCCGAGUUGCCAAAGUUGUUUUGGGGGUUCGUUCACAGAAGGUCUGUGUGAAGCCCCCUCUGCUGGGAUUUGGGUUCUUUUGGGGUCUGAAAUGCUCCCCUUUCACUUUUGGGGAAUUUUUCACUUUUUGUCAAACUGUGGAAAGAAUGUUAGGGCUAAAAUGGGCACUCGGGGUGGGCUCAGUCCCCAUGUCUCCAUUUUCUGGAUCAGGACACUUUGCUGCAGCUGGUUAGAGGCCGGACAGGGGAAAGCGAGCUUCUGAGCUUCGCACUCCAGGGCUCUGUCUUUGUCCUGUAAUUACCUCGAAGCAAAUAGAAUUGUAAAGAGGCUGGAGAGAUGCUUUCAUAUGGCGAUAGAAAUCAAACCGCUAUUAAUAUGCUAAUUACAACAGGUUCCUAUUUACCAUUUAAGCAGGUCCUGGAGAGCAGCUCCUUGGCAACACUCUUAGACAUUCUGUUCUUGAAAUAGACAGUCCCUAUUACUUUUUAAUGAAAGCUCUAAAUCCUGGCUUUUGCAGUCUUCAGCCAGCCUUUUUCCUUGGAUUUAGCAGGCCCAGCACGCCCCAAAUGAAGGCUGGGUGGGGUGGGGUGAGGAGGAACUGACGCAGGCAGCUCCAUAAGAUGUCAGUGGAUGCUGGGGCCCUGCAGGUCCCAGGCCAGUUACCUGCUAAUGUCAUUAUACAUCCAAGCAUUAUUUUUAGCAGUGGCAUCACUCACUCCUAAAACCAGUUCUCCUGGCUUUGUUUUUAGAUUGUAGGAUGCAGGUGCCGAUUGGAAAUGUCUUUUUCUCCCCACAUCACUUUUGUCCUCGAAAUACCCGGUUUAUGAAGAAAACAAAAUGGCAGCCAGACAGCCGAGAGCAAUGUGACUAUUUGUUUGACGAGUGCCUUAUUUGCUUUGAGGGUGGAUCCCAGGGAAGCCACACCCCUUAGCUUUCUGAGGAACUGGGUAGGGCAGGAGGCCUCUCAGAACUGUGGGCUUUCAUUCACUGGCAACCAGGAGAGUGAGUGUUUUUCUAAUCAGGGAUCAAAGACAUCCAAUGAGGGAUAUGAGACUUUUCUGAAGAGCAGGCUGUAGAUUCUAGAAAAAUAAUAUGUUGGCUAAUGUUUUAUAAACCUAACAAAUAUUUAAGCACCCACUUAUGUACCAGACCUAAAUUAGGCACUAGAAAUACAUUGGAGAAUGUUCCAGUCACCACAGCUGACAGACAUAGUGACAUAAAACAACCAUUUAUUCUGCUCACAGAUUCUGUGGGUCCGGAAUUCAAAGAGGGUAAGGCAGGGACGGCUUAUUUCUGCUCAACGUUGUUUGAGGCCUCAGUUGCAAGUCUUGAAGGCUGGGAGCUGGAAGACUAACCCACUCAGAUGUCUGGCAGUUGAUGCUGGUUGUUGAUGGGUCCCCAGUUCUUCUCCAUGUGGCUUUACCAUGUGGCUUGGGCAUCCUUACAACAUGGUGGCUAGUUCCAAGGGUGAGCAUCCCAGAGAUCGAGAGCUAAGCAGAAGCUACAUCCUUCUUGUGACCCAGCCUCAGAAGUCACAAAGCAUCACUUUCACCAUGUUCUAAUGGUUGGAGUAGUGACAAGCCCCUACCCAGAUUCAAAGGGUGGGAACAUAGACGCCUCCUCUCACUGGGAGGGGUGUCAGUCACAUUGUCUGAAGAGCAUAUGGGAUGUAUGUAUAUUUCACAAUAAGAGAGACUAGGGAAUAUGAGCAAGGAAGAAGAGGCUAUAAAAAAAUGGCAGAGCAGAUCUGAAAAGAAAGGAGAAUUUUUAAAAAUGAAAAUUUAAUAAAUGAAAGUAAAAACAGUGGACACAUUAAACAGCAGAUUAGACUUGGUGGGUGAAAAUUAGAAAACUGGAAGAUGUAUUCAAAUAAAUGAACUAGAAUGCAGCCCAGAGACAUACAGAGAUGGAAGUUCUAGAAGACAAGGUAAGAGACAUGGAGGAUACAGCGAGGAGGUCUAAUACACACUGACUUGGUUUUCAGAAGGAGAUGACAAAAUAGGAAAGAGGUGCUAUUUUAAGAGAUAAUGACUAAGAAUUUUGCAGUCUUUGAUAGGUAUGAAACCUCAGAUCUAGGAAAUUCAAUGAAUACCAAGCAUGAUAAAUAAAAAUGUCAUAAAAUAAAUAUAAAUUAAAAUAAAAUAAAUAAAAAUAAGACACAUCAGUGUAAACCUGCAGUGCACCUAAGACAAAGAGAUCAUUUGAAAAGCAGCCAGAGAGAAGAGCAAGCUUUCCUAUCUGGGGACAGUGAUGAGUCUGGCAGAUGGCUUCUCAACAACGAUUCUGGAAGCCAGGAAAUGGUAAAAUAUCUUCGAUGUGCUAAGAGAAAGUGACUGUUAGCCUACACUUCUAUUCCCCGUUAAAGCACCUUUCAAGAA